UUGCAAGGCUUCAAGAGCCGGAGCUCGCAAUACACGAUCCUUCCGACGCCCCUCCCCGACGAUGCUCCGCGCUCUCCCAUCAAUGACUUCUACUUCACGGAUUCGCCCACGCAGGAUUCGUUAGCGGUCAUGGAUGCAUGUCUCAAGAUUGGCGCGCUGCCGAGGGCACAAAAGAUAUUCCACCUGCUGCGAGAGCAGCGGCGAGGCGACCCGGUCCUUGAGCCCCGCUUAUUCAAUGCUUUCCUCAAUGCGUAUGUCAACAUGGCCACCACAAAUGCUGAGGAACGGGAUAAGUGGUUGGGCGAUGCUAUACAGCUCUUUAGUGAUAUGCAGGAGGGGAAGGAUAGGGUACGAUCCACAGCGGGAUCUUACGCU